AUGAGGCAGGAGGGGCCCCUGCUGUCAGUUAGGCAUGAUGCUGCUGGCUCCAUGGCAGGAGCUAUCUUCAUGUCCAACACCAUCACAAGGGAGCAAUGCUUCCAAGCAGGCAUUUUCGGUCUACCCUUGGAGUAUCGAUCCUUUGUCAGCCAUGUCAGAAAAGGGUUGCCUUUGUUUCUCUUUGACCAUACUCUGCGUAAGCUUUACGGGGUCUUUGAGGCUGCCUCUGAUGGAGGGUUCAAUAUUAACAGUACCGCAUUUCGGUUGAUUCACCUCUCAUAUCCUGCGCAGGUUCGCAUCAAUAUUAUUUGGAAGUGCAAACCACUUAGUGAAGAUGAGUUUUUUCCUGCUAUAGAAGACAACUACUAUCAGCCAAGGAAGUUCUACUUUGACCUUUCAUAUGAGCAGGUUGUUCGGCUUUAUGAACUGUUUGAUGACAAGAGGGGAUACCUGACAAAGAAGACUCCAGACCCUCCUCAUUCCAGUAAUCAAUUGCCCCUUUUGGUUCCCAACAUUUCAGAAGUCAUAAGAUGUUCUACUCCUACAAGAAUGCACACAGAUUUACCACUUAAUGUUGAGGCACACCAGGACAUGCCGAUGCCCUUAGGAGCUGAAAUUAGUGGAGCUCAAAUUGCUCCCACCUGCAGCUCCCAUCAUGACCAAAUAGAACCUUUUUCUCAAAGAGAGUUUUUCCCAGCUGCUUCAGUGCCUGAUGCUGUUUCAACUCAAGUAUCUGCCCCUUGCUCUGAAACUACUAGGAACUACCAGUUGGUUGGGCAAUCACAUCCAUUACCACACAACUAUCCACAGAAUAUCUUGCCUGCUGGAUUUACAGCCCAGGGCCCAAUUGAAGGAUCUAAAUUUGUUGCAAACCAAUCGUAUCCAUUAUGCCGUGGUCAUAUGCACAAUGGCUUAUUAACUUCUGGAUAUGGAACUCAAAAUCCAACUUACAAAGGGAUGAAUCACUUGAAUUCAACUUUUCCUCCGUAUGACCGAUUAUAUCCUCGUUUGCCAAUGUUGAACCCACAAAGUAACUCUGACUAUCAGGGUCAAUGUGACAUCUGCUUCAACCAAGGCCGCCCUGAUACACAUAAUGGCAUACAUGCAUAUGAGCGUCAGUGUUUAAGUGAAGGAGAAGUGCUAACAAUGGAGGAACUGAACCAACAAGAUAUUCCCACAUGCCCACAAGUUAUUGGAUGUGAUGGGAAAACAGUAUCAGCAAUUCAUCGGCAGAAGAUGAGUUCUAUUGAUUACAUUCAGAUCCCUGAUUGUGAUGAAGACUUUGAAAAUGAUCAGAUGAAACAUGGUACCCAUGGCAAUGCCUCAGAUUCAUCAGAUGUUGAAAAUGGUAUUGUUGAUCCACGAUAUACACAACAUACUGUAGGAGCUGAAAACGACACAAAGGAUCAGUGUAGCCUGCCAAUAAAAGGUGUAUUUUCUCGUUUAUCAGUGAGGAAGCAACUGACUUCUCAAGAGGCCACUGGUCCCACGCUCAAGCAAUUGGUUUCUUCUCUUUCUCGGAAGACAGAACAGUGGAGACACAAAAAUAGACCAAUUGAAGAUGGUCUUAUUAUUCCGUUGAUCGGGGAGCAUGCUGUGGACUGUUUUCAUGCAUCGCUGAACCAGCUGAGUCAACUAGAUCUGGAAGAAGACGUAAGCAUAGAGCCACAACUUCCCUUCUUGAACUUCAAGAGAUGCAGUGAAGCAGGGAAGGCGUAUGCAAAUUUAGGAAAGGAGAUCAGUGGGAAAGGGAAGAGAAGAAAGCUUGUGCGUCCUUCCUUUGAAGAAAACAAUGCUUCUUCAAAUGUUGGAGAACAGCUUAAAGGAAAUUGCAUACAGGACAGGAAUCAAAACCAUCAGGGAAGUGAAAAGCAUUUUUACAUUGACCUAAACAUACCUGCAGCACCAAUAGACAGCAAUCCAGGGGAGGUUGACUGUGGGGGGUUAUGUUCCCGGAAGAGUGACCAUCUCCACUCGUUGGAAUUUACACCAACAGCUUCUCGAUACAGCCUAUGUUAA